AUCUCAAAUAGCGUGCAAUUUGAACUUAAAGUGCACUAGAUAGGGUGGAUAAAACCAUUAUUUCGUUGUCUAUGUAGUGCACUUAGGUAGCGAGGAGGACGGUAUUUGGUAUUUAGCGUGUAAGAAGAUGGAAAUGAUAGUGUACUGUUUUCUAACUGUAGCUGGUUAAGUGUUUGGCACAUGGCAACACUGUUAGAAAACUUGGCCCAUAUUUGUGUUCUCUUAAUAUGGGUUGCAGUGUGGAAGAUAGAGAGCAAAGAUGUGCGGCACUCUAUGGAUGAUGACCUCUUGUUGCCCUAUGCUGAUACUCAUGGCCCGUCUCAUUCCCAUCGGUACGUGAGGGACUGUCAGCCUCUCAUCCAUGGAAACUUAACCCAUGAAACCUGGCUGGCUAACGCGCACCCUGGACCUCCUGUAGUAGAAUCCAAGACGUUUAUCUCAGCAAUCGGCAGCAGUCCAGUGAAGUGGGUGAGUGGCCACAUCACAGUGGUUCAUGACCCGCUGAGAACAGUGUCCGUGCUGGAGCCCGGAGGCCCCGGAGGGUGUAAGAGUUUCCGAAGAGAGCUUGUGGAAGACACUGCUAAAACGAAGUGUCUGAUCGCCCAGAAUGCUGGAUAUUUUGCCACUAAAGAUGGACAGUGCUUAGGGAACGUUGUGAGCGAUGGCAGACUGGUACAGAAUAGUGGAGGAGUGCAGAAUGCCCAGUUCGGCAUCAGGAAGGACGGAACGCUGGUGUUUGGAUAUCUAUCAGAGGAGGAGGUUUUGGACAGAGUGAACCCUUUUGUGCAGCUGGUCAGUGGGGUGGUGUGGCUGCUCAGGUCAGGAGAAGUUUACAUCAAUGAGAGCAUGCAGGCUGAAUGUGCAAAGUCUCAGGAGACAGGAACCUUCCAGAAUUUCGUUGAUGUGAUAUCAGCCCGGACAGCAGUGGGCCAUGAUGCCAAGGGCAGACUCAUUCUCUUCCACAUUGAUGGCCAGACACAAAUCAGAGGUAUGAACCUGUGGGAGGUGGCAAAGUUCCUGAAGGAGCAGGGUGUCAUCAAUGCCAUUAAUCUGGAUGGAGGCGGCUCUUCCACUUACGUCCGUAAAGGGUCACUGGCAAGUUUCCCCUCAGAUCACUGUAAGGAUCAGAUGUGGCGCUGCCCUCGGGCCGUGUCCACUGUGCUGUGUGUGCACGAGCGUCUCUGUCAGCCUGAGGACUGCAACCAGCAUGGGACCUGCGUGGACGGCCAGUGUGUGUGCCAAUCUGGCUGGGCCGCGCCCACAUGUGCCAAUCUAACAUGCCAGCCACCAGACUGUGGAGAACAUGGGCUCUGCACUCCAGAUGGCUGUGUGUGUGAUGCAGGGUGGAAAGGUGUGAACUGCAGUCAGGGGUGUACAGCGGGUUUCUAUGGCGAUGGGUGUAAGAAGAAAUGCACGUGCGUAAAUGGAGGAUCUUGUGACCCUGUCCAUGGGCGAUGCACAUGUCCUGCUGGUUUUCAUGGAGAUUCCUGUGAGCAAGAAUGUCCUCUAGGCUUCUACGGGCUGCUUUGUUUGCAGGAGUGCCAGUGCAGUGACCUUUGCCCUUGUGACCCUGUAACAGGAAGAUGCAAUGCCACAUUCCACGGCCAGAGAAAUACCAGUCUGCAGAGAGCUGGUCACUGCCUAGCCACCCAAAUGUGGAAAGAGCGGCAAGAGCAAGAUGAGGCUCAUGCACAUAAGCCUUAUCUGUCAGAGCAGAGCUGGAUGGUUAUCACUGCCGUCUUGGCUGCAAUCUUGCUGACCAGUCUCUUUGGAAACUUAAUACAAGUGUGUGGAAAAUGCAGAGGGCAUCCGCAGCACGAAUAUUCCUACGUACCUCUGGAGGAAGUUAACGGGUCUAGGGAUAGUCCAAAACGCUCGAGGACACAGCCUGGCAAAGCCCUCUUUCAAACAGAUGACUCAGAUUCACAAGACUACUCAUAGACCAUGUAUGUCUGUGUGUAUGUAUGUAUGUAUGUAUGUAUGCAUAUAUUUGUGUCUGUGUGUGUCCGUUGUUGCGCAUCAGCAACGACAAGCAAGUGUUUGUAUAUGCAGGUCCAUCCCCUACAUGACCUGUGCAGUUAGGAGUAAGAUGCCUCUUGGGUUACAUCGUCAAAGACCCUGAAGUUUAUUAAUCACACAGAGAAGCAGACAUUCCUGGAUGUCAUUCCUGCCGAUAGUCAGGGAGUUCACAGAGCUCCUCACAGCCAAUAAUGUGGUCAGAAUAAAAACCACAAGCAAACAGGAGUCCCUGGGUCUCUAAAUUCAACCUUUGACUUAUUAUUGCUUUUUUGUGAAUAUGCACCUCUGCAUAUGUCUUUAGUAUCGUGGCCUUUACAGCAUUGUCAUGGCAACAGGCGUCAUCAUUGGCAUGUUGUGAUUUCUUUGUAUUAUUCAUGUUAGUUUACAUUUACUUGAUAACUCAGGAACUUCAAAUUUUGGUCACCAGGCUUGAAUAUUAACCACAGACAUGUGAAAUCAUUAGGCCACUUGUGGGCUGCUUUGUGUUCUUGAUGUUUUUGUACUACUUGUUGCCAUAGAAGCAGACCAGAAUUGAACUAUGAAUCCCAUAAUAAGGUAUGCUACUGUAUUUACUUUUUAUUUUCAUUUGGAAAGCAUACUCAUCCUGCUUGGCUCACAGCUUAGUACAUGAAAUUUCCCUGGGCAUACAUUGUAAAAUCAUGGCCUGAUUUGUUUUCAUAGACUCCAAGAAACCAAAACAAGGACAUUUCAAAUGGACUUUGACCUUGACACAGCGAGCCUGGUUGGCAGGAUGUGUUAGCCCAAAUGAAGGGGCAUUACACCUAAAUAAAUGAGACGUGGAAGGGCGGGAUUACCCGAGUCGACCCCUCAGUUUUCGUGCCUUAUAAUACCUGCUGACUCAGGACUCCAAGACAAAGCAUUUUUAUGGCGUCAGUGUCUCUUUUUUUGUACACUAUUACUAUAGUGUAACAUUUAAAUCCUUGUACUGUCUGUGAAUUCAUUAGUUUUAAUAGCACAGGAACACAGAGAAAGUGAGCUACUUUAAUCUCGAGCUUUUUAAAUGUGAGUAUUGUACAGUGACUAACUUUAUGAAUCAUUUUCAAAAUGCACAGAUUCACAGUGUUUUGUACUUAUCUUUGGUAAUUAUGGAGCUCCACCCUGAUGACUUACUCAACCAAAAAUUUAAAUGUACGCUGCAACAUUCCCAUUUAUACAAUCUACAAAAGAGGAAAGGAGCCAGUGCAUUGAUAUGAUCGUGUAUUUCAGUGGUUCCCAACUCAUGUCCUGGACGAAGCCUGCCCUGCUUAUUAUUGUUUUUUUUUUUGUUUUUUUUGUCUUUUAGUUUUGGUCUAAUUAACAGGCCCUUGCUAAUGCUGCAGUCACGUCAUAUAAGAAUAAGUGUUAUUACCAUGCUUCAACUGGGGAGAAAUUUUUGCCUCAUUUUCUGAUUGGAAAUCUAAAGUCAGAAUUUUGGGAGCUUCACGAUUUCCCGAAGCAAACCUGGAAGUGAGUCAGAUGACUACAUGAAAUGCUAUGUGUCCAGUUUUUGGGUUAUUUGUCAGUAUAUAAUAAAUUACAACAAAAAUGGAAACAAAAAUGAGAAAGAAAUGACCACAUAUAUAUAGCUGACCACAGCUAUAUGUUAAAACAAAAUGGUAAUGUGCAAACACUUUCCACUUUUCUGUCCGCUUGAAUUUUCCCACAGGACGUGACUGUUGGGCUGUUUCUGUGUACUAAUAUCAAGUUUGUGAGUUUUGUUUUUGAUGCUCAGAACUUUGCAUUUGGUUCAUGUGGUUUUUCCCACUCUGCUUUUGUCUGAUCCAGUAUUAUUGGACCAAUAACUUUUAUUUCCCCUUGCUGUAGUAUUUCCACUUGAUCUAAAAGCAACGUAUCAUUUAUGUAUACUAAGUUUUAUUUAUGUAUUGUUGAUUUUUCGCAUGUUUCAAUGUAACGGAUUGUGUUGAUGCAGGGGAAACCUGGAUGUCCUAGCUGAGUGCACUAAUGGCUUUUGUGUUAAAGCUGCUGCUGCUGCCGCGUGUGUGUGUGUAUGUAUGUGUGUGUAUAUAAUAUAUAUACACACACACAAUUGGGGUCUAAUUCUCUAAAUUAAUUUAAGGAAUUUCUAAAUUAUCUGAUGUUUUAAGUAUUGAGAUAAAUACAGUAAUGCAUUUAUACAUUAGCCAUAUGAGAUUUACAAAUGAGAUACAAAUGUAUUAACGUAAAGUGAAUCUCUUUUUUCUAAGGUGGUACUGUAUGUAUGGUUCACAUGUUUUUAUACAUUGCAGCCUUGGAAUUAAAAGUUUCUAAGUGACAUUUUUGACAAAAAUGAAUUUGUUAUGUAUAUGUUGUUUAGAGGACCCUUAAUAUAUGUGUGAAAUUUUGCGCAGUGAUGAUCUUUGAAAGUUGAAAAUAAAAUAUUGAGAAGGCUA